AAUAGAAGAAGUAUACACAUUAAUAUUUAUUUUUUUAAAAAAAUUCGUCCAGUUUUAAGCGUUCUCUUCUUGUGCGAUUUACUCUGCCUUAUACUUCUAGGGUUUCGCUCCUUCCAGGGGGACGUGUCUUCCUCUACUCAUCAAAGGUUUUAGAAGAUAACCUAGUUUUGUUUAUUCACCAAAUUCCAAGUCAAUGAUGGACCAUCGCAAUGAUUUUUCGAACUGGCUCGAUCCUGAUACAUCUCUCAAAAUUUUCAAGUGUCUGGAUGAUCCAGCAGAUCUAGUCCGUGUCAGCUGUGUCUCGCGAACUUGGAGAGACUUUGUGGUUGAAAAUGGCCUUUCUAAGCAGUUGUGCUUGAGAAUGUUUCCUCAAUUAUCUAGAGUUGCCUGCGUUGUUGAACUGAACCAGAAUGGAGUGAAGGGACAUGCAGAGGUUGGAUCUAGCCGUUCUAUGGAAUCUCUAGCUCUAUGGAAAGAUCAUAGAGUCUUUAGUUAUUUUGCUAGAUUCUGCUUAUCUCCUAUUGCUAUGGAUUGCAUAGCUAAAGCAAUUUGUGCUUCUAGCACUGAUAAUUUCCCUCAGGAGAGCAUUGAUCAAACUCUAGAGGAAAGAGACAAUAUUGCUGGUAGAUUUUCCUAUUGGUCAAGUAGUGGACAAAGUAAUCCCAAUGUGCCUGAGACAUUAACGUACCAGUUGGCCUCUCAAAUAUGUAUUAUCAAAGAAAUCAAUAUUCAGCCUUUCCAAGCUCACUUUCAGAUGGGGUCACCUAUAUAUUCAGCAAAAUCUGUUAGGUUUAAAAUGGGUCAUCUUAAAGCCUCUUUAAAUGAUUUAUCUGAUGAAAUGUUUGUAUGGACCUAUACAUCACCGGAAUUUCCCAUGGCUCAGGAAAACCGGCUACAAAAGUUCAUGCUUCCAGAACCUGUACUCUGUAUUGGUGGUAUCUUGCAGGUUGAGCUUUUGGAAAGGGUACAGAGGCAAGAAAUGGAUGGCUUAUUGUACAUUUGUGUUUCUCAUGUUCAAGCUCAGGGGAUCCAGUUGUCACCAGCAUUCACUGUUGAUAUUCUUGGACCCUCAGGAAUGUUUGUGUUGAAGAGAGACCAUCGGGCUAACUGUCAACCCUCAGCGACUUCUGAAGAUGAGUCUGGAGAAAUUACAACCGAUGGAGAUUUCCAACAGAUUGUGGAUAUAUUGCGGGGACAUGCGAUGGGUAUAGGAGCUGUGGAUGGCUGGGAUGAGGAAGAAUAUGAAGUUGAUGAUUUUGUUGAAGAUGAUGAUGUCUUGUGAUCUUUGCUGGCACAAACUGCGACAAUUCCUCCUCCCCAAACCAAUAAAGGAGACAAGAAAAAUUUAAGAUUAUUCUCGUGAGGAGUCAUUUUAAUGAAUCCAGUUUCGCUGUAUACCCUUUGUUUAACCUUAAGUUCAGGUUUUUCUGUGAUUUUACUACUUACUUGAUUCCUAGUAUCUUAUUAUGGUCUUUGAUGUGGGACAAGUAUUACAUUGUAAGUUGUUUAAAUUAAAUUCAUAUGCUGUAUUUGUAUCAAUCCCUGAAACUUGAGUAUUACAUUGUAAGUAUUAAUAUGGACCCUAUUUUUUGUGUUCCACCCAUGGUCCUCUUUA